CUGACCCAUGGAUGGUGCCCCACUGCAUCCUCCCAUCCUGCUUGUCCCUCCAGCUCCCAGGCGCAGGAGGAGGAGCAGCGGGCGGCCCUGGCCCUGCUGUCCAGGAAGCUCGAGGCCAUCAGUGACGUGGAAGAACUGACCACCCUGCUGCGGGCGGCCGGCGAAUACGAGGAGCGGAAGCUGAUCCGUGCGGCCAUCCGCCGGGUGCGUGCCCAGGAGAUCGAGGCGGCCACCUUAGCAGGACGACUGCCCAGUUCCCACGAGGACAGCGAGGCGCGGGCAGCCCGAAGGCGGGCACGCCAGGAGGCGAGGGAGCGAGAACAGCAGGCCGAGCGUGAGCAGCCCCCGGCCCAGGCCGAGCAGUGGCCCGAAGAAGCCCCACGCUUGGAGCUGGACAACAUGGCCGCCGGGACCCUCCUGCUGCUGGAUAUUCUGGGCCCGACGCCCCCCAGCCUGCCCACCCCACCUUCCACACCUUCGUCCCCGGAGCCAGCCCUGCGCCCAGCUGAGGCAGGGGGUGAGGAGGCCAGUGAAGGGCCCCCCAGGUCCUCCCCAGAGGAGGAGCCGGGUUCUGGGAGUCCCCCCAGGGCCAUCAGCCCCGAGGAGCCCCAGCCUCUGCCGGCCCCCCAGAGCCCUGGACCCUGCCUGGCCCAGCCUAGGGAGCACGUGCCAGGCCAGCAUCUAGGCAGCAGUGGCCAGAGUGGCAAGCUGGGCCCAAGCCAAAGAGAGCCGGAGGCAGAGAGAGUGACCGGGAGCCCCGACAGGAAGAAAGCUGUGCCCUCUCUGCACCAGUCCAGCCCCCGCUCCUGCCAACGCGCCCUGUCGCUGCUCACCCCCCGCAGGGCUCAGGCUGCAGAGCUCCCCAAGGCCAGCCCUGCCAGCCCUUCCCCCUUCCAGAGGGCCAGCUCCGUCCGGGACCGGGUCCGCAAAUUCACCUCGUCCGAGGCGCCCAUCCCCCCCGGCCCAAGCCCGCGAGGAGGGCCCCUGGGCGCCGGGGGGCGGCUCCCGGGCUCUGGGGAUCGGGCAGCCCCGGGCCCCCUCCGGGCCAGCGAGCAGCGCCCGGCACUCACAGGCGGCGGGAGAGGAGAGCCGGGCCCUCCCUCCUCCUGCAGCAUCCCCGGCGGCGGCUCCCGCAGCUCCUCCUGGCAGCCAGAGCCCCGGAUUGUGGGAGUCGGGGCCAGGGAGCGGGAGCGCCCUAAAGAGGAGGGCCCGGGGGGGCGGAGCCCGGCCGCGUCACGGGGGAGGCCCCUUGAAAACGGACAGAGGGGGCCCCCGGCGGGCUCAGAGGAGCCCAGCGCCCUGCCCGUCACCGUCAGGCCGGCCGAGCCGGGCAGCAUGAAGACCACCUUCACCAUCGAGAUCAAGGACGGCCGAGGCCAGCCCGUGGGCGGCCGGGUGCUGGGCCCGGUGGGCAACCAGAGGGCAGAGCUGACGCUGGGGCUCAGGGGCACCCCCAUCCACUUUGGUGGCAGCAGCUCCGGCGUGGGCACCAUCACUCACAUCAGCACCCCCGGGACCAUCACUCGUGUGGGCAGCACCCCCGUGCCUGUCAGCCACGUCAGCACCCCCAGGACCGUCGCCCGUGUGGGCAGCACCCCCGUGCCCGUCAGCCAUGUCAGCACCCCCAGGACCGUCGCCCGUGUGGGCAGCACCCCCGUGCCCGUCACCCACAUCAGCACCCCCGUGCCCGUCGCCCGUGUGGGCAGCACUACCCACGUCACCAGUGUGGGCCGCAUCAGCAAG